AUGCUAUUUUACAUUAUUAGUCAGAACUCCCUACCGAAUGCCCUCCAGUAUUUCAACGAGAGGACUUCGAAUCCAAAGCGUGACCAAUACAGUUCGGAGCUACGCAGGUUCCCCAUGACGCUUCAGUUUUAUUCGAGUACGGCCUACAAUUUCGUGCGUUCGCAAUUUCAUAACCUGUUGCCUGCGCCGUCCACAAUAAGAAAGUGGCUUUGCACCAUUAAUGCUAAUCCUGGUUUCAACAAAGACGUUCUUGAGGCAAUAAAAAAAGCGUCAGAAAAGAAUAACAAGCCGUUUGUUUGUAAUUUGAUAAUCGAUCAAAUAUCACUAAAAUAUGGAACCACGAGGAAACAUGGCAGAAGAUUUGGAUACGUGGACGUUGGUGUAGAUCCUUUCACGAUGAAGCCCAUAUUUGAGGAAUCCAUAGUACAGGCAAAUCAUGCCCUCGUCUUUAUGAUUGUAGAUUUACUUGGCACAUUUAAAGCGACGCCUGGAUACUUCCUCAUUCAUACGUUGACAGGAGUGGAACAUGCAAACUUGGUAAUGAUAAUGCUUCAACUUCUGCACGAAUACGGAGUGAAUGUUCACUCUAUCACUUACGAUGGUGAUAAAGUUAAUGAAGCAAUGGUUGUAGCUUUGGGAGCUAAUAUUUCGAUAAACUCUCCAAAAGAGAAAUUGUAUUUUUCUCACCCAAUUACUAGUCAUCCCGUGUGGUUGUUCCCGGAUCCAUGUCACAUGCUAAAGAAUGUGCGAAACUGUUUAGCUAAAUUGGGACGUCUUCAUGACCGUGAAGGUCGACUAAUUGAUUGGACGCACAUCCUUAUGCUUUGCAAAAUUCAAGAAGAUGAAGGUGUUUUCGCUGCCAAUAAAUUGACCGCAAGGCACAUUCAUAUUGAAGAAAAUAAAAUGAAUGUGCGACUUGCCGCGCAGGUGCUGAUUUCAAGUUCUGUAAAAAAUAAACAUUCUGAAACCGAAGUUCCAUGUGAAGAUGAUUUCCAAGAAACUGGCCUAUUUAAUUUCGUCUUCGACGUACCUUUAAGCUUUGUUCAAGAGGUUGUAAGAUAUGUGUCGGGAUUUAUAGUUAAAAAGUUUAAAGAAAGCUGCUCCCUCAAUACGUGUCAAGAAUGCUUUUCGUGUAUCGUUGGAGAACCUGGAUCAGCGGCCUUAAUCGAUAUUAAAAAUCGAGGUUUCUUGUCAUAUCCAUCUGAAGAAAUGUUUCAAUUGUGUCUUCGUAUUGAACAAAUUAUUCGAGCUUCAUCUGACUUCAUUUCGCGAAAAAUGGAGGAUAGUGAAAAUGCGCUCGAUGAUGCCGAGCCUACUACUAAUCACGUAGACGAGUAUGACAAUGCUGAAGAGGAAGACGACAUGGAGGAAGAUAGUGAGGAAGAGGACGAUGAUGGGUGA